CGGCGGGCGCGGGCGGGCGGGGGCGGCGCUGCUGGCGCGGGGGCCGCCGCCGGGGCUGGGCCCGGGGCAGCGCCGGCACCGCUACAAGGAGAAGUGGGCUGCCACAGCCCCCCGCAUCCCACCCACGCGGCUGGCCCUGCACCAUUUUGACAUGAACUACAGCCUGCAGCUGAAGGACCUGUGGCCCUCAGUCCGUGCCAGCCUGCUCUGCGAGCAGAAGUACGGUGCCCUCUUCAACAACUUCUCUUCAGUUGACCAUGUCACCCAAGAGCUGGAGCUGCUGAGUGCCACCGAUUUUAUUUCUGAAGCCUCCAGAAAGGUGCAGGGACCGGCACAGGGUGCAGCUGCGGAGGAAGCAGGAAGAGGGGAAAGCAGAUCCCAGGACGGGUCUGGCGAGGGCAGGACAGGGAUGCAGGCAGACACGAUGACACAGGCAGAGGUGUCACCACCACUUCGUGCCUCCAUCAGCUCCACCAUCAAGUGUUACACCUUCCCCAGGGGUGACAUCACGCGCUUCCGCCCUGCCUGGCCAGACACUCUGGGGCUCCUCAGCUAUUAUCUGAUGGACGCAGCAUCUCUCCUGCCCGUCCUGGCACUCAGUGUGCAGCCAGGUGACUUUGUCCUCGACCUCUGUGCGGCUCCGGGUGGCAAGACUCUGGCUCUCUUGCAGACUGGGAUUUGUGGGCACCUGGCAGCCAAUGAUGUCUCCGUUUCCCGGACAAAGCGGCUGUACCAGAUUCUCCAAAGCUAUGUUCCCAGAGAAAUCAGAGAAACUGUGAGCAUCACAUCCUAUGACGGAAGGGACUGGGGGCAGCUGGAAAGUGGCACUUUCCAUAAGGUGCUGGUGGAUGUGCCCUGCACAACAGACAGGCACUCUGUCAUGGAGGAGGAGAACAACAUCUUCCACAAGAGACGAACCAAGGAGCGACAGAUGUUGCCCAUGCUGCAGCUGCAGCUGCUGAUGGCUGGGAUCCUCGCUACGAGGCCAGGGGGAGAGGUGGUGUAUUCUACGUGCUCCCUCUCUCCGCUGCAGAACGAGUACGUGGUCGAGAGAGCAGUAGACAUUGCAGAAACUGAGUUUAACAUCAGUAUGCACAUCCAGGACUUGAGUCCCUUCAGGAUGCUCUUCCAGGACACGUUUUCCUUCUUCUCGGAUUGCCGGGUGGGGGAGCUUGUUCUGCCUCACCUCACAGCCAACUUUGGACCUAUGUAUUUCUGCAAAUUACGGCGGAUGUAGCUGGGGUGACAGAUGAUGUCUGCUGCCUUUCAGGAAAUACCCUACAUUUCCAGGGAAUGCAAAACUGCUUUCUAUUUAUUUUUCUGUUUAAAAUGCCCUAAAGAAAGUAGGUUUUUUUACUGCAGAGAUAGAGAAUGAAUGAGAAGGAGCUGCUGUCGAGUCUCCUGCACAUUUAUUUGUUUGAGACUGAGGUGUUUAAUCUAGGAAAGCAAGAGAGUUCUUACCAGAGGAAGCGAUUUAUCCAUCUGUCUCAGGGCAGGGUAAAUGGCCCUGUGUGGAUGCUGCUCUCUUCUGUCUGACUGCUUUGAUCCUACAUGAGCAGGUUUGGGUUAACAAACACCAUCUGGGGAUCUCAGCCUUUCUGUCCCAGAUCUCACCAUCUGCAUAAUUAAGUUGCAUCUGUCUCUACUUAUCUCCUACCUUCAGAAAGGGCAGCCUGAGGUCCUGAAAUAAGAGGUUUUAAAAAAUGCUCCAGCUGUAAGGCUGGAAAUGUGCUUGGGAUGCUCAAGGUCUGGUGGUGGAAAGAGCUGGUUGCUGCAGAAAGGCCAGUGACUGUUGCCAUCCCUCAGGGGCAGGGAAGCUGUGAUUGAGAAGGAUGUGUGAACACGCCCAUGGUAGAUGCCAUUUCAUGGGAAGGUGUCUGUAUGGUUUUGACUAAUAAAUGUGCAUUCAUGUAAUCAACAGCUA